CGUCUGUCGUCAUUGAAGUCGCGACCGCCGAGCGGAGUAUACGUGUUAUUUCUCCCCGCGCUCCGAAACUUUAAUCGCGUUCGAUUCGUAAAGUGAUGCAAAACAGUUUUCAGUUCUUUAGAUACUUUGUUUGACAGUUCUGUGUAUUGUUUAUUUUGUGAUCACAUUGGAGGUUUACGGUUUAUUUUCAAAACGGCCGUCUGUUUACGGAUCGUGGCCGAGAAGCGCAUGCGCAACAGCCGGUUAUAAUGUGAGCGGCGCACGAACACGCGCGUCUUCCCUCAAGGUGUUUGCGAUGUGGUACAAGUGGUUCACGUUACUGCUGGUGUCGUGCGCACUGGUGCAGGCAGAAGACGGAGGGUACGCCGGACCGGUGACAGAGGGGACUGGUCAGGUUACAGUCGUAACUGGCCCGGUUUCAGAUGUAACCGGUCCGGUUGGGGAAGUAACUGACCGUGGUAGAGAAGCAGACCAAGCUGAUUUAAUUCGGACCAGUGCGGCUAAUCCCGUCCCCGGCGAUCAGGUUGGAGAUGCCAGUGACACUCUUCUAGAAAAUGAUGCCGUUAACAUUGAUGUAACAGAAAUUCCUGGACCAAUCGCAACGACUAGAGCUCCUCCUCGUACCCUAGACAGACAAGCUGCUGAACUAGCGUGGCGCUCGUGGCUUCAAAGUCCGGAAAGCGGUAACCCCAAUGGACCAGCAAGGAGAAUCACUACUAAGUCACUCUUUAUCACACCACUAAUUUGUCCAAAAGGCCAGAGACUCGACAGAAACGGAUGUGUGCAGACCGUGACAUUAAAUAAGGACGAACAUGAAAGAAUAUUACUUGAUCAACUGAAUGCAUUAUUCAUGAAUUCAACACCAUCCAACAAUGCAGAGGAUCUUUACGACUAUGGGGAAGAAGAACCUGGACCCCUACAGCUAACAAUACCUAUAGGCCUGGACCCUCAAUCACAUCAGAAUAUUGAUAAAAAAGGUGAGAACGGAAUGUUGAAUGAUGCCAGCAUUGAAGCUGAAUUAGAGCUACUGAAAUUGCAACAACAAAAUAUGCGCCAAAAUGAUACUGCUGUGGAUAAUACAAAUAUUUUGUCUCACAAUGUACUAAAUAACUUAUUGACAUACUCUGAUAAACCAAAACGGGACAGUCCUAUACAAAGCUCUACCGAAUCACAAGAGACCACAGACAAAGGACAAAAGGAAGAAGUUUUUGGACAAGUAAACGUGGACCCUGUUUUGUAUGAUACUGAUAUUCAAAAUGAAGAGCCUGCAACUUCUAAUGACCCCGUAAAAGACAAUGGGUCACUUAAUGGUACUAAUACUGAGACGCUUAACAAAAACCAAACAAAUGCCGAUCAGCCAGAGUCUCUAUCAUCUCUUACAGUAAAAAAUGCAGAUACAACGAAACUUAACCCAGAAAACGAUUACUCCGAUAUUGGAGAAGCGAUAAAAUUGAUAAGUAGAUAUGCUGAAGUAUCGACAGACGAUAAUUUUCCUAAAGACAUACUUAGAAAUCCAGUCGAGGACUCAGUACUUGGCACACGUACUAAACUUCAAUAUCGCCGAAACCGGCCCAAAGUUUCGAACAAUUUAAGCGAUAUUCCACCCUUUAACCAACCUGAGGUAACUAAAGAGGCCAUAUUAGCGGAAUCUCUUCGAGCAAGACCUGGAGUAUAUUACAGAUACCCUAAUGAUAACUUCGCACCACCACCGAACUAUCCAUUCAAACGCUUACAAGAUUACUGGCCCGGAAGGAAUCAAAUAGGAGGGGUAUACAACAAUAUGCAUGAGAAUCCAAAGAGACACCAUCACUCCUAUCCACAUUAUUUUCGCCCCCGUGGUUAUCCAGGUUUACCUGACCCUUACUCGGGCUUGUAUCCAGCAUAUCAGCUAUACCCACACAAAGUACAACAGAACGCUAGUCCGAUUAGAUCACACCCUAACGAUCAGGAUAUGUACAGCCUUCUCGGCCUAAGACAUUGGUUUAGCAGCGAGGGCGCGUCGAAGAGAUAGACUGCUCGCUUUCUCCUACAUUAAACAAAUCGAUGUUACCCGACGACGUAUAUUGGAAGCUGUGGAAGAAUGUCAGAAUAACUAUUUUGCAUUGUGUACCAUUUUCAUCAUAGCUUUCGAUAUAUUAGCCUAUUUAUUUUAAAGCCAAAUAUUAAAGUCAUAAUUAUUUUUAAGUCAGUAGCCAUGUUAAGUUCUUGUAAAUACUAUAAGCACAUAAAACUUUUAAUUUACUGCUGAAUAUUUAGUAUUAUCGUUGUUUUGUAUUAUGUAAAUUGUUGUAUUAAUAUUCAUUAAUUUAUUUUUAUUUGGUGUAUAUUUUUGUUGUUGUGAAUUAUAUUGUAGAUAAAUAAUGCAAGAAGUUUCUGAUAAAUAUGUAUAAUUUUUAGACCCUAUGUUAAAUAAGAAUAAAUAUUAUUAUACAUAUACCUAUCAUGUCUUACAGUCAAAUCCAUUUUUACUAUAAUUUGAAGCUAAAGCAAUGAACGGCACAGGCUUGCCCCAUUAUCUAGAAGUAAUUUUCGUACUUACGGUGUAGUUAAUAUUUGUGGAAUAUGAUAGCUUCUAAAUUUGUCUGAUUUUAUUGAGAUUAUAUUGUAACCAAUAAAUUAUACACCCACCAAGGUACUUAAUUAAGAAGGCAUUCAUGACAAUGGUAUGUUUGCAAACCCAACGUACUGAAAUUAAACAUAAAAGCGCAUUAGAUCCUAUAAUAGAAAUUAGCUUUAGUAUUUCCCGCUGUCAAAGGAAAUUAUCUCAUAAAAAGCGUUUAUUGUCAAUAUUAUUUUUGUACCGGCAAACGAACUACCCAUUCAAUGAUCCCACCAAAGCUUAGCGUAAGAAAUUAGGUUUUAAACCUUGAUAGAGUGGUAGGUUAAUAUAUUUUUAAUAAUAUGAACUUUUCUAUGUAUUUUUCUAUUACAAGUCACUAACAGAAGAUGUUUUGCAAUAUCAUGAAAUAAAUACUGUUAAAAACAUUAAAAUCAU